UCGAAAAUUUCACGAGGGUUCUAAUUUUAGCCCUAGCUUUUGGUGGAGACAUAUUGGCGGGAACUUCACCGGGAAACUCAGAGGAGACCCCUACUUCUGCUUCUCACCGACGCAAUCGGCUCUCAAACUCUGCGAAUUUUGCUUCAUCGAAGGCUCCAAUGGGGAAGGACGACGAGGGGAUGCGUGGAGAAAUGGAGGAGCGGCUGAUAAACGAGGAGUACAAGAUAUGGAAGAAGAAUACUCCGUUUCUCUACGAUUUGGUCAUCACUCAUGCCCUAGAGUGGCCUUCUCUCACCGUCGAGUGGUUGCCGGACCGGGAGGAGCCUCCCGGCAAGGAUUACUCCGUUCAGAAGAUGAUUUUGGGGACUCAUACUUCCGAGAAUGAGCCCAAUUACCUCAUGCUCGCUCAAGUUCAGCUUCCGCUCGAGGAUUCCGAGAACGAUGCGCGCCAUUACGACGACGACCGUGCCGAUGCGGGUGGCUUCGGGUGUGCUAACGGCAAGGUACAAAUAAUCCAGCAAAUAAAUCACGAUGGCGAGGUCAAUAGAGCCCGUUAUAUGCCUCAAAAUCAAUUUAUCAUUGCCACAAAGACUGUCAGUGCCGAAGUCUUUGUUUUUGACUAUAGUAAACACCCAUCCAAACCACCUCUAGAUGGUACAUGCAAUCCCGACUUACGGUUGAGGGGCCACAAUACUGAAGGUUAUGGUUUAUCAUGGAGUAAGUUCAAACAGGGCCAUUUACUUAGUGGCUCUGAUGAUGCACAGAUUUGUUUAUGGGACAUUAAUGCUACUCCGAAGAACAAAACCCUUGAGGCUAUGCAAAUUUUUAAGGUUCAUGAAGGUGUUGUGGAAGAUGUUGCAUGGCAUCUGAGGCAUGAGUACUUAUUUGGUUCAGUAGGUGAUGAUCAAUACCUACUCGUAUGGGAUCUGCGAACUCCUACAGUUAAUAAGCCUGUACAGUCUGUGGUUGCUCAUCAAAGUGAGGUUAAUUGCUUGGCGUUCAAUCCCUUUAAUGAGUGGGUAGUAGCCACUGGAUCAACUGAUAAGACGGUGAAGUUGUUUGAUCUACGUAAGAUCAGCUCUGCACUCCAUACCUUUGACUGUCACAAGGAGGAGGUUUUUCAGGUUGGCUGGAAUCCAAAGAACGAAACGAUCUUAGCUUCUUGUUGUCUUGGUAGGAGACUCAUGGUUUGGGACCUUAGCAGGAUCGACGAGGAGCAGACGCCUGAGGAUGCGGAAGAUGGCCCACCAGAAUUGCUGUUUAUUCACGGCGGUCACACCAGUAAAAUAUCAGACUUUUCUUGGAAUCCCUGUGAGGAUUGGGUCGUUGCUAGCGUAGCUGAAGAUAACAUACUCCAAAUCUGGCAGAUGGCUGAGAACAUCUACCAUGAUGAAGAUGAUCUGCCAGAAGAACCUCCCAAGGCCUCUUAAUGUUGUUUUAUUCCAUGUAUUUUAAGAAUUACUCGAGACAAUUAAAAUCUACCAAGGGGUCAUUUAGGUCUUCCAAUUCUUAGCAGUCUUUCUCCUCUACUUGUCCCUAUUCUUAGUAUUCCAAAACAUGAAACAAAAAAAAGCCACCUCAAAGUGAUGUUUUAGAAAUUUUCUUUCCCAGUUCUGAAUAUGAAGAGGUACUUUUUGAGGCUUUGGGUUUGUGGUGAUUUUCACCUCAUGGGUAUGUGUCAAGAGGCGAAACGUCGUAGAGCUUGGUGGUGGUGGCGAUAGAGGUUGCGAGUGUUGGAAGAAAAGAUUGCAGAGAAGUACAUGCAGGACGAGCAAUGGCGAGAGGAUGUGGUGUAGGUAGCAUCGGAAAGACAGAGACCUAACAGAAAAUGAAACAUGACCCGAAGGAUUAAAAAUGACCAAAGGACUUUUAUCAUCUUAUCUAGUAAGAGAAUUACGCAUCAAUCGUAUCAUAUCGUAUCCAUCUUUUGAUGAACGGUUCAGCUGGUCGAUGUAUGCUUCUUCAUGUAUCUCGAUAAUUCGAUCUUAUAUGAUUGCUGGUUCCUCCUCUUCUUUCA